CAGUUGGGCGGGGCCGCGGAGCGGGGCGGGGCCGGGCGGAGGCGCGGAGUGAGGCGCCCGCUGGUUGCUGCUGUCACUCCUGCUCCGGCUCCGGCUUGGGCUCCCGCUGCAUCCCCGCUAGACUUUCUAUCCCCGGCGUGCUUCUGGGCGGGGGCGGGAGGAGGUUGAGGAGGCCGGGGCGCCGCCGCCAUGGCCGAAGACGCGGGCGCACUGCCCUGGUCCAUCAACAGGGACGACUACGAGCUGCAGGAGGUGAUCGGAAGUGGAGCAACUGCUGUGGUCCAAGCAGCAUAUUGUGCCCCCAAGAAAGAGAAAGUGGCGAUCAAGCGGAUAAACCUGGAGAAGUGCCAGACCAGCAUGGACGAGCUCCUGAAAGAAAUUCAAGCCAUGAGCCAGUGCCAUCAUCCCAACAUUGUGUCUUACUACACAUCCUUUGUGGUGAAAGACGAGCUUUGGCUAGUGAUGCGGCUGCUCAGCGGAGGGUCUGUUCUGGACAUCAUUAAGCACAUCAUUGCAAAGGGCGAGCACAAAAGCGGGGUCCUCGAUGAGGCCUGCAUCGCCACCAUUCUCAAAGAAGUGCUGGAGGGCCUGGAAUAUCUGCAUAAAAACGGACAGAUCCACAGGGAUGUCAAAGCCGGAAAUAUCCUUCUGGGUGAAGACGGCUCGGUGCAGAUCGCAGAUUUUGGGGUUAGUGCUUUUUUAGCAACUGGUGGUGACAUUACCAGAAAUAAAGUGAGAAAGACGUUUGUGGGCACCCCUUGCUGGAUGGCACCAGAAGUUAUGGAACAGGUCCGCGGCUACGACUUCAAGGCUGACAUCUGGAGUUUUGGAAUCACCGCCAUCGAGCUGGCCACGGGGGCUGCUCCCUAUCACAAGUAUCCGCCCAUGAAGGUCUUAAUGCUGACGUUACAGAAUGAUCCUCCGUCUUUGGAAACUGGUGUUCAAGAUAAAGAAAUGCUAAAGAAAUAUGGAAAGUCAUUUAGGAAAAUGAUUUCAUUGUGCCUUCAAAAAGAUCCCGAGAAAAGACCAACAGCAGCCGAACUGUUAAGACACAAGUUUUUCCAGAAAGCCAAGAACAAAGAGUUUCUCCAAGAAAAAAUGCUUCAGAGAGCCCCCACCAUCACCGAGCGAGCUAAAAAGGUCCGGAGAGUGCCAGGCUCCAGUGGCCGGCUUCAUAAAACAGAGGAUGGUGGCUGGGAGUGGAGCGAUGAUGAGUUUGAUGAAGAAAGUGAGGAAGGGAAGGCAGCCAUCUCACAACUCAGGUCUCCUCGAGUAAAGGAAACAUUAACCAAUUCUGAGCUCUUUUCUCCACCUGAUUCCAUGAGUACUUUACUCCAAAUUCCAGGACAGACUCCUGCUCACCUACCUCAACCAGCUGGACAGACUCCUGCCCAGUCAACUCACAUCACCGUCCCUCCACCGGCACAGGCACCUGCAGCUCCUGCGGGAGGAGCAGAGCAGGCUCCGCCGACAGAAGGGGCAGGUGCCCAAGAGACCAAGGUCCCCAUCAGCCUAGUGCUGAGGUUAAGGAAUUCAAAGAAAGAACUUAAUGAUAUCCGAUUCGAGUUUACUCCAGGGAGAGAUACAGCCGACGGCGUGUCCCAAGAGCUCAUCUCUGCUGGCCUGGUGGAUGGCCGAGACUUAGUGAUAGUGGCAGCGAAUUUGCAGAAAAUUGUGGAAGAACCUCAGUCAAAUCGCUCUGUCACUUUCAAACUGGCGUCGGGCGUGGAGGGCUCCGAUAUUCCCGAUGACGGCAAGCUGAUCGGGUUUGCGCAGCUGAGCAUCAGCUGAGCCGCGGCCCAGAGGAGGCGCCCCGUGGAGAGCCCGCGUCCUCUUCCUGCCGCCGUCGGCCUCCAUCCACUACUGCCAAAGAACCCCGGCCUGCCCUCCCCCUCCCCGGUCGGGUCUCCACCGUCUGGCAUCCGCUCACCAAAGUCGCCGGGACCCGCCGCCAUCGGAAGCCGACUCCCCGCCCAGGCCGCGCUUUCCCCGUCUCCGACGCGCGCUGGCCCGCCGGCCGGCCGUCUCUCGUUGCCUUACUUGACCGGCGCCCGGAGCUCGAGGCCUGCCCUUCCGGCACGUCCUCCACCGGCCCGAGACGCUUGUGGCCGCCCCCGUGGCCUGAACGGUGGCCGGCCGGAGGCGGAGGGUGUCCCUGCGGACUCUUCCCGCGGUCCCGGGCUGACUCCAGACGCUUCCGGUGUCGCCGCCCGAUGGCGCUCGUGAGCGUCCUGCUGGAGCCGGAGGGCCGCUCGCCUUACCCCGGGCCUCCCCCCGCGUGGCCCCGGGGAGCUGGGCAGGCUCGGGGGCGCCUUGCCCGGUGCCCAGCCCCGUGUCGGCCCCGUCUGAAGGUCCUUUUCCCCGGAGGGGCCACAGGCCAAGCCUUCCUUGUAUCACUGGAGAAGCCGUGAUUCUCCCCCUCAAAUAAAAUAAAGAAACUCCCUCCAUCCCGGCCUCCCCUCCUCUGCGUGCAAGGGAAGGUCUGCGGAGCGAGGCUGAGGCCUUCACAGCAAUAAAGCAGAGGCCGCGAGGGAGGGAUCUCUGGCUUGGGGGCUUUUCUACAGUUUCACAGCUGGCCUUGUUCACGGCCGGCCUCGCCUUGCCUUUCCCGCUUCCCGCCUGGUCCUUCCCGGGCUGACCCAGCCGGUGACCGUCCGAAAGGCUUCGUGGGCUCCCUGUGAGCCGCGAGCCCCGCCGCCCCCUCCUCGGGCGUCACCGGGGGGGGCGGGGGCAGAAGUGGCCAGAGGGCCGCCUCGGAGAUGGGCUCUGGGCGAGCUUGCCCGGGAGCUGAGGGGGGAGGGAGGCCCUUGGGUACAAGUGCCCUGUCUGGCUGGCCCCGCGGCGCCUCGUCCUGGGGCCCAAGGGCGGGCAGCCGGGGCGCGUCUUUCCUUUUAGAGUCAUUUGCCCGCCGGAGGUCCAGGACAGUAUUAUCCCUGCUGGUCAGUUUGUGCGGGCCCGAGAGAGGCUGGAGAGCGCCGGGGCGGCGGGCGGUCCGGUCCGCGGGGAGCCGGCCGGAGGCAGCGCGAGGCUGUGCCGGGAGCCGCAGAGCAAGUGCCGAGGCUGGCCACGGAGCGUGCGGCUCGUCUAACACGGCGGACGGCCCGCGCCUCCUCCCGAAGGUCCUCCUCAGAAGCAGAAGAGGCCCCUCGGCGCCUCUGCACGGGCGCUUCCCAAAGGCGUACAGCGUCAGCCCCCUCGACUUUGUAUUUUACUGCACGUUCCCCCCAUUUUUAAUCAAUAAAGAACAAAUUGUCCGUG